AUGUUUGCGGAUGAUGUACAAAUUUGGAAGGGCAUCAAGAGUGCUGCCGAUGAAGAUGAAUUCCAGAAAAAUCUUUGUCGACUUAAAGAUUGGUCACGCAAAUGGCUCCUGUCCUUCAAUUCGAACAAAUGCACACUACUGCGUCUGAGAAAUCGAAACCCGGUCCCUGAUGCGCGAUCCUACCAUCUAAUCGCUCAUUGCUGCCGCGUGAGUUCCCUGCAGGAGGUAUCUCUUUUCAUUAGUAAAAUGCUGGAAGAUGGCAAGGUUGCGAAUGCUACGCACAAUAUUACCGCUUGGUACUUACGAGCCAAGCUAAGAGAUUCCAGCAACACACUGUCGCUUGUAGCUGAUUUCGACGACGAUGGGGAGGCCCACGCAGGUGCCCGUUUACUUCAUUUGCUAACGAUGGCUGCCAAUGAGGGUAUAGCUGUAAUGGUUUCCCGGUGGUUUGGAGGAAUAAAACUCGGUCCAGACCGCUUCAAGCACAUAAACAAUGCGGCAAGUUCUCUUUUGGCGGAACAGAAAAUGCUGAAGUCUACCGAUCCUCCAAAAUCUAAAGCCAAAAACAAAGGGAAGCGGUGA